AAAUUUAGAAAAAUAUGAAAUCAAUAGACAGCAGUUAUGAGAAAGGUAAUACGACAACUUUCCAUUUGACUACUGGUAAGAAGGACACCUAUGAGAGUUCAAAGCCAGUGAACCCUUACCAUGAUCCUGCAGAAGAAAAGGUCAUGAAGAUCUUCCGAACUUUCAUGGAUUCCUCUCCUCGAAAGGAUGAUAAGAAAGAGGCUAACAAGGGUACUAAAGGCGGUGAUUCUCCUAAGAAAAUUUCCAUCAAUGAGAAAAUCCAGCGAUCUUAUAAAUACGAUAAAUAAAGAAUACGUUCAUUAUAACUAUUUCAAGAAGACCCUUCAACCUGUGGAGAUAGACUGCCAUUUCUGUAAGAAGAAGAUCAAGACUCAGGUCCAGAGGAGGUGAAACCUCAAACAGGUUGGGUAUUGUAGCCUACUUGCUCUAGCAGGUGGCAUCUGCAUGUUCUUGCCAUUCUGAAUGCCUCAAUGUUACACUGUCAGACACUACUGUCCCAAAUGCACUCGAUAUUUAGGAAGGAAUUAGGAUAACUUCCUAAAGUAUGUCCACUUUUAUUUUCAACUAA